AUGGAACAUUCACUUGUUUAUUUUGGUUCCGGAUGGGAUAUUUCACCCAUAUUGUUUGAUUUUCAAUUGAAAAUAAAUAUUAAUUUUCAAACAUUUAUAUUUGUCGAUCGUUUGCCAUUGCAUCCUCAUUAUGUACCAACAACAAAAGAUUAUAUGUUAAGUGGUGGUGGUGGAUCAGAUAGACGGUUGCUAUUUAGUAUUUCAAAGGCAUUGUCGAAUAACAACUUGUCUGUUAAUGAAGAAAAACAUAACAAGGAUCGUCAUCAAUAUAUGCUGAGUAAUGGAAAAAAAUUAGUUGUUUAUUUAAAUAUAGCUUAUCCGCCUGAAACGAAUAAAAAUAUGCAUAUUGAUGAAUUUUUAUACGAGAUAAAAUCUGCUGAAGGCUUAUGGGUGUAUGGUUAUGAUCCAGUGCCAAAUGAGCAAUUAUUGAUUCUGUGUCACAAUAUAAAAUUUGUAUUUCAACAAACACAAAAUGUUCUAGAAAGAUUUCCAAUAUUACCACAAAUACAGGUUUUUUACAUCUGUUAUUCGAAUCUCAUUUUACUGGAAUCAUUAGAAAGGACACAAGAUGAUAAUAAUGUUUUGGCUGAUUAUCGAAGAAAUCCGACCAAAUAUAAUCUAGAAUUUAACGGUUUCAAUGAAACAGAUUUUAUUAUUGAGCCCAAUAAUGAUCCACAAACAAGAGCGAUGGCAUCAUGGAUCGAAGAACAGACACAAAAACAAUUAAACAAUGGUGCACGCAAACUUCCAACAAUUCAAUGUAUAAAACAAGGAAACAAUGAAACAAUAUAUUUUAAUGAUGAAAGUGAUGAGAGUACAGGAGAGAGCGGCCAAAUUUAUAGCGAUUAUGGAUUAUCAUCAAGUGAAUAA